AUGGAAAUGAAGGAAGCCAUAGUAAGUACGAGCAACAUUUCAAAUCAAGGUGCUAGCCUCACACUGACAACUAAUGGGCCUCGACUUCCUUCUAUGAGUGAGGUUACACUCCGUAUGUGUCACCUGAAGGCUGUACUUUUAAACACCGCAACUACCGAUUCCGUGACGAGUCCUAUCCGUCUUGCUACGCAAUCGCUAUCCCUUGAAAAAGUCGUAAUUAAGCCGACGGAGCUGGAUCGAAUUACAAUCCUUUGCGACUUGCUGGGUGAUGUCUACUCAUGGGCUGUUGAGGAGGGCUCCACGUUCGUUAAGGAGCCCAGCAUACUCGCACAGGAGGGGGUGCCGGUGGUGGUCUACGCCUGUCUACGCUGCCAACGUCCCCGCGUGGUCACCGCGGCGUUGCGGAUUGCGCGUCACCUGUUACGUCAUCCCGCAGGCUCCGUUGAACUCCACCGAGUCGUAGGUCAUUCCUACACCACACACGACGAGGUAUGUGUAGAGAGUGGAAGCGGUCCGCUUUCGUCUUCUCAAAAAAUGAUUCGACUCCUUGAUGGGCUUCUGCAUAACUUCUUAAAUUCCGCCGAGUUGGUUGCAGCAACAGUCGAGGUGGCUACGGAGCUUUCUUCGGGAAUGGGGUCCUUUCGCUACACAGCGGACGAUUUCAUCGGCACCGAUUUCUUGUCAAAUGCGCUGAACGUGUGGGAGUUGCAUGGGGAAAACUCGCUUGUGGUGAAGGCUGCAGUGAAGUUUUUUGCGGCCUUCGUACAGUUACGCCGAGAGCCUCCGACAGAGGCCCCUGUAGCGGUUCUCGUCACCCAUCUUGGCUGGGUAUUAGGGGCCAUGGUAAGAGCUAUCCACACAUAUGCUGGAAACACGUUUAUCCGAAAGUUUUCCUUGAAAUUCUUCGCCGUCUGCGCGCAGUACGACCAAAAUAGGGGGCGUUUAAUCCAAGCUGGCGCAUACACCGCCGCAAUGGCAGCGUUGAUGGGCAAGGUUGGGGAAAUGAGUGAUCUGGAUAUGUUGGAGCCAGCAGUUGAAUGCGUAAGUUACUGUAUACCUCUGCUUGAUAGCUUCCAACGUCGUAGCCUUCUCUUAGGGAUACGUGGUCUGUUAAUGCAUCGUGGUGAGAUUGACGUGAUGCGGCUUACGCUAGCACUACUCUACCGGUUUUUAUUGGAGCUUCCACCCUCUGUACUACAGGAUCGGCACAGCUUAUACACACAGCCUGAUGCCUUUGAGUCUGAAGAAAGUCAAAAUAGACCAGAUAAACUUUGUGAUAAAGGAAAAUGUAUGAUAAUUGAGCCGAGUGAUCUACUGGAUCACCUGUCUUUAAGCCAAGACACUAGAAAGUUUAUGUAUCGUCUAUGUAUCCCACAGCUAACGAUGCAUGUGGUGGAUUAUUAUCGUAAAGAGAUAGAAAUUCUGAUUAUGAAUUCAGGUGAUAAUGUUAAUAAUGGAGAGGAUGAAGAAGACAUUAUGCAACAGGGCAUGGAACAAGUCUUUGUUCUGGCGCAACGCUGCAUGGCUGUGAUGAGUCCCUGA